AUGUCUAUGGAACAGAAUGGAAACCAAAAUAUGGCAAGCCAGUUCUGCCGCAAUGGCUGUGGCUUUUACGCAGCCCAAGCUUUUGAUGGCCUGUGCUCCAAAUGCUACAAAGAUUUGAAGCAGCUAAAGCAGAAUGAUUCACCGGUGUCUGCCAUUCAGUCUGCCAGUGGUACACCACCCAUGGGGCUAUCUUCCAUUUGUCUUGCAGCUUCUGACAGUGAUGUCACUGUUGAUGCUGUAUCUGCAGUUCUGAGCAAAGCUUCACUGUGUGAAAUGAAUGUGAAUGCCUCCAGCAACUCCAACAAUGACAAGGUCACUGACAAACUCCCAGUUGCUGGCUGCUCCAUGCUGGAGACUGCCAGUCCUACUGUCACGUCCAUGAAGGCUGCGUCCAGCGACGAUGUUGGGGGCAGUGGAGGAUCCACAGGAGGUGACAGUGAGAGCGAGGGUGAGAAAGGCAAGAAACCCAAGAAGAAUCGCUGUAUGGAGUGCCGGAAAAAAGUUGGGCUGACAGGUUUUGUUUGCCAUUGUGGUAAACUGUUGUGCAGCUUGCAUCGUUACUCCGACACCCACGAGUGUAGCUUCGACUUCAAGGAGAAGGCUCAGCAGGAGAUUCGCAAGAACAAUCCUGUUGUGAAAGGAGAGAAGAUACAGCGGAUAUGA